AUGUCAGAUCAAUUUCCACGGCCAAUUGAUCCUAAUGAAGACCCCUAUGGCUACCUGGGAAUGACCAAAAAUCCCGAUGGCUCUAUCACACGCCUGUCUCAAGCUCAAACCCCUGGCACCCCUGCCUCAUCCGAUCCUAGCAAUCCUUUUCAAGUAUCAAAGGACGCGGACGUUAACCAAUCUAAGGGCACUUGGGCUCGAAUAUUCAUCCCCCGAGCAGCAUUUGAUUCCUUCCCUACCACAAAAUUGCCUCUCAUUGUUUACUUUCAUGGGGGAGGCUUCGUUGUAUUCAGUGUAAAUACAGCCAUGUUUGAUGCUUUGUACACUCCAAUUGUUACUGAAAUCCCGGCUGUCGUCGUCUCUGUUGAGUAUCGUCUUGCUCCGGAGCACCGGCUUCCGGCAGCUUACGAAGAUUGCUUUGAAGCCUUGCGUUGGAUUAAAUCAUCAAACGAUGAAUGGAUGGAAAAAUAUGCUGACUUUUCUAAGGCUUUCUUGAUGGGCACCAAUGCUGGUGGUAACAUAGCCUAUCAUGUUGGCUUAAGUGCAGCUGCAUGUAUGGAUGAUCUCCUGCCUCUGCGGAUCAAAGGGUUGAUAUUGCAUCAUCCAUUCUUCGGUGGGACCGAGCUGACUGAAUCUGAGUUGAAAUUGGCCAAGGACAUGGUCAUACCGUUGACAGUAUGUGAUCUGAUGUGGGAUCUAAGCUUGCCAAUUGGCUUUGACCGUGAUCAUAGGUAUUGCAAUCCAAUGGCGUUCAUUACAUCAGACCAAUUUGAUCAGGUUAAAGCUCUAGGGUGGAAGAUUUUGGUCACUGACUUUGAUGGUGAUCCGUUGAGAGACCGUCAGAUUGAGCUCUGGAAGAAAUCAGAAGAGAACGGUGUAUCAGUAACAGGUAAGUUUGACGAGGGAGGAAGUCAUGGGUACGAGGCUCUAGAUCCCGCCAAGGCUAAAGAACUGGCCAUUACCAUUAAGGACCUCGUAGAAUCUGCCACCACUUCUUGA